GCGCAGUACAAUGUACUAGAGAAGAAGUACUACAAGGCUAAGAAAAUCAUCAAGGAGUACCAGGGCCGCGAGCAGGACUUCCUGAGGCGUGAGGCCCACCAUAUUGGCCUCCUGCAGGACAGAGAGGCCGCCCUGCAUGUCCUCACACUGCAGGUGCAGCGUCUAGAAGGUCAACUCGUUGCCCUGGGGGCAUCGCCCACCUUGUCGUCCACGGCGCCCUCGUCCACCGCCCCUUCAUCCACCGCCCCCUUGUCGUCCUCCGCCCCCUUGGCCACCACCCCGUCGUCGUCCAACUUACCUGUGUCGUCCACCCCUUCAUCCACCGCCCCCUCAUACACCGCCCCUUCGUCGUCCACCCCGUCAUCCAUCGCCCCUUCGUCAUCCACCGCCCCUGACAUGGCGCCCUCAGUUCCAUUGUCGUCCACCGCUGCCGUCGUGGACGACGUCUGUCUCUCCGACACAGAGAUCUUGGACGCUGUGGACGCCAGCGUGGACGGCAGCCUUAACGGCAGUCUAGACGGUGGUCUGGACGGCGGCCAGAUGGACGACGUCCAUCAGGUGGACAAGGAGGACGUGAUGGACGGGCUGGACGGAUGGACGGCGCCGCAUGCUCUGCUGGACGUGUCCGCGGGACGGGCCAAGGCGGACCUGGGGACGAGGGGCGGUCUGGCCAACCGCAGCCUGCCGUCCACCGUCCACCGCCCGCCCCAGGAUCGGGGUCUGGGGGACAGUGCUGGCAGUCCACCCAAGUCCCCCGUCAAACAACAGCAACAACAGCAGCAGCAACAACAACAACACCAACCACAGCUACAACAACAACAACAACAGCAACAGAGGCAACAGGCGCCUUUGAACGCCCCCCAACAGGAGCCCUCGCAACGCCCCCUGCAACAGCAACAGCUACGUCAGGGCGGCGCGGCCCAGUACCGGGCCGUGGACCAUAGGGUGGGGACCACUGCUGUAGGGGACUUAGGUGCUGUGGGGACUUGGGUGCUGUGGAGACUUGGGUGCUGUUUCGCCCGUCCAGACGCCGGGGACGACGAGGACGACGGUGGGCGGCGCGCGGGGGACGUGGGCGACAGGAGCAGCGGGUUCGCGUCCCUCGCCCAGGACGCCAGGGACGGCGAGGCGGACCGCCAGCGCAAGAUCCUCGUGGUCGAGGACGACGGGGACGCCAUCGUCCCCACGCGCGUCCAGGAGGUGGGCGAGAUGGACGGCGUUCACUACCUGGAGGACGGGCACUUCUGGGUGGAGGUUCCGGGGCUGGCGGAGGACGACGAGAUGGACGACGACGACGAGGUGGCGUCCAUGGCCGACGAUGGCGAGCCCGUGACCCGUCCAGCCGUCCACCCGCCCACCCGUAUCCGCUUCUCCACCCGCCCCAUCCAGCCGGCCAAGGCAAUUGAGAAAAANCCGUCCACGGGCGUCCACAAGGGGUCUGGAGGUCUGGGUCUGUCCAUCAUCGGCAUGGGUGUGGGGGCGGACGCGGGGAUGGAGAAACUCGGCAUCUUCGUGAAGACCAUCACGCCUGGGGGGGCUACAGACCAGGCGGGGGGCAUACAAGUCAACGACCAGAUCGUGGAGGUGGACGGGCAGUCGCUGGUGGGCGUGACGCAAGUCUUCGCGGCGUCAGUCCUCAAGAACACGCGCGGCGCCGUCCACUUCCUGGUGGGCCGCGAGCCAGACCCCAGCAACAGCGAGGUGGCCGCCCUCAUCCGCCAGUCCCUGCAG